AUGCGCUGGUUCGUCAUUGUUAGUGUUUACUUGGCCAACCUCGCGUUGAUCCGUGCCCAGCAAGCUGGCUCCGUAAACCCCGAGGUCCCUCCCGCGAUUACCAUCAAGAACUGCAUCGGUAAAAUCUGCAAGGACGUCACGGGUGGCGCCACGAUCGAUGCCAAUUGGCGAUGGGCUUUCAGCACUGAAUCGAAGCAGAACUGCUACACCGGUAACACGUGGGACCCCAAAUUAUGCCCCACCGGAGAAGAUUGUGCCAAGAACUGCGCGCUUGACGGUGCCAACUACAAGGACACCUACGGCGUUGUCCCCAUCGAGAAUGGCUUGAAGCUCACCUUUAUCACCCAGGGUCCCUACGGGAAGAACUUCGGCUCCAGACUCUAUUUUACGACCGGCGACAAGUAUUUCAUGUUCAAGCUUAAAAACAAGGAGUUCUCCUUCGACGUCGACGUCUCCAAGCUUCCCUGUGGUCUCAACGGCGCUCUUUACUUCUCCGCGAUGGAGGAAAAUGGUGGCCUGGGUGUUGCCAACAACAAAUGCGGUGCCAAAUAUGGAACCGGUUACUGUGAUGCCCAGUGUCCCCAGGAUGUUAAAUGGAUUGGUGGAAAGGCCAACUCGGACGGAUGGGUCGGGUCGAAGACAGAUCCCAACUCCGGUACGGGCAACAUGGGCAGCUGCUGUCCCGAGAUGGACAUCUGGGAGGCCAACUCGAUAUCCCAGGCGUUCACUCCCCAUCCGUGCAAAAGCCCCAAGCCAACAAUCUGCCUCGGAAAAGGCUGCGGUAACGGCGAAGGUGACCGAUACAAGGCCGAUUGCGACAAGGACGGAUGCGACUUCGCCUCUUACCGAUGGGGCGCCAAGGAAUUCUACGGACCCAAAAAGACGGUAGACACCGCCAAGAAAUUCACCGUCAUCACUCAGUUCAUCACCAGCAAUGGAAAAGACACCGGAAAGCUCUCUGAAAUCCGCCGAAUCUAUGUUCAAGACGGGAAAACCAUCAAGAACGAGGCCGUCAAGAUCCCCGGACUCGCCAAGCCGGCCGAUUCCAUCACUCAAGGCUUCUGUGACGCCACCAAGAAGUUCACCCGAGACGUCAACGACUUCAAGGCAAAAGGAGGUAUGGACUCGAUGGAUCGUGCGUUGGAGCAAGGAAUGGUGCUUGUGUUCAGUUUGUGGGAUGACCACAUGGCCUCCAUGAACUGGCUCGACUCCAACUACCCACCCACCAAGGACGCCAAAUUGCCGAGUGUCGCCAGAGGUACUUGUGACGCCAAGGACGGUGACCCAACAAACGUCCGAGCCAAGUUCGGCGACGCCUCAGUCGAAUUCUCCAACGUCAAGAUCGCCUCCAUCGGUUCUCAUUUGCAAUCUUCCGGCUCCUCGUCCACUUCAAACGGCGGUAACACAGGCCAAUCAACCAGCACAUUGGAUGUCGGUGGCAGUAAAUCACAUGGAAAGACCGGCUCGAAUUAG